AUGAAUAUUUACAAUAGAUUUAUUUGUAUUUUUUUAUUAUUUAUUGGUUUAGUUGUAAUAGGAUGUAUGUCGGUUAAUUGCUCUAGUUCAUUGGCUAAAUAUUUCGGUCCAAAUUCAAAACAUAUAGUAUCGAUGACUGCAACAUUACAUGAUGGAAAUGUAUAUUAUACACGUCAUUAUUUAUAUUGGUAUCCAAAUGGUGGAUUUUUAACGAAUGGUGAUGGAUUUGCAGUCCUUUCAAGUGGCCAAACUGAAUGUAUUAAUGGUGUGGUAGAACCAUUUGGAAUCAAUAGACAAGAAACUUCAUUCUACGAUAGAAGUGGUAUCAUUAUCAGACAAAAUGGAACUGUAUCUUUCUCACCACUCUGGAAACCAAAUUCCGAUUCAUCAUACAAUUUCAAUUUGAUUUGUGAAGAUAGUAUAAUCUAUGGAAUGGAUCAAGGUAAUGCUUUUUCAUUUGUAUUUACUGAUGACAAGUCGGAAAUCGGUGGAUCUUGUCGUUGA